GGCGUGUUUUAGGAUAGAUUCUUCGCUGCGUAAUUUUUACUGCCUCGCCUAAUGUUUUAAUUAAUUCCGAUUCCUAAGAAAUCCAAAAUAUUUAUUUGACGAGUUGCGAUCUGUCCUGUCUUGCCAGAAUUGUCUGCUUGCCUUCAACGCAGGUCUUUACCAUCGGGCGUCUUGACUUCGUGGAUUGCAACCAUUUGCGCCCACUUCCAGGCUUCCCUGCUCUAGGGCGAAUUUUCUUCCUCACAUUACUUUUUUCGUCCUGACAUUCUUCCCUGUAUCUGUCGUGUGAUCGUUUGACCUUCGGAACCCCCUCCCCCGUGCAAGUUGUCAUUUGUUUUCUCCAUAUCAGAUCGGAAUAUAUCUUUGGCGCCGGUGAGCGCGUUUCCAUCCCACUGGUAACACGUCUUUUUCCUUUUCUUGAACUUGGGCACGCAUUAUUUUUACGACCAUGGCCCCAACCAAAAAAAAGAACAAGUCUAGUAACAAAAAAAGUAAUAAGAAGUCAAAGGCCCAAGAGGAGCCAGAGAAUCAAACACCUCCACCUGCUACGGCUGAUGUUACUAUUCCUGAACCACAGUCAGAGGAACAACAACAGCAGGAACAACAACUUCAGGAGCCACAGCUAGCUGAAUCGCAGCUGCAAGAACAACAACAACAACAAGCCGAACAGCCAUCUGAUCAUGCAGUGGAGCAAGCAACUGACCAACAACUUGAUCAACCCACAGAGCAGACCUCAGAGCAACAGCCUGAGCAACCAAUAGACCAACCAUUCGACCAACCCCAAGAUCAGCCCCAAGACCAACAGGCAGAUCAACCCCUAGACCAACCCCCAGCAGAGCAAGCAGAUCAACAGCUCCCAGACCAGCAAGCGGAGCCCUUGCAAGAGGAACUACUUGAGCAAGAGCUACAAGACCAACCACCUCUUGACCAACAGCUGCAAGAGGAACCACCCCUGGAACAACAGCUGCAAGAGGAACCACCCCUAGAACAACAGCUGCAAGAGGAACCACCCCUAGAACAACAGCUGCGAGAGGAACCACCCCUGGAGCAACAGCUGCAAGAUCAACAAUCUGAUCUACAGUUACAAGAGGAACAGCCAGAGCAACAACUGCAACCACAACCAGAAGCAAUCGAAGCCGAGCGCCAACAAUCAGAGGCUUCAGUAGAAGCCCCAGUGGAGCCCGAGUCACUGUCGGCACCUGAAGUUGCACCUGAAGUCGCAUCGGAAGUCGUACCAGAAGUUGCCGCAGAGCCAAUCCCUGAGACGGAGCUGGCGCCAGCGCAAGGAGUGGAGCAGGAACAACUACAGCCCACUGCUGAGGAAGUUUCAACAGCCCUUGAACCUGAGCAACAACCUCAACCACCGACCAAUCCUGAAGAGGAUGGUUCUGCCCAAGUGAAUGCCCCCGACCUCUCCUCAAGUCAGCAGCUGGACGCGAGUGAUGUCCAGCGGGACCCCGAAGUGCCUCAAGAACUGCACCAAGAGGAACUAGGAGUACCGGAACAUCCAGUUGAGGAGGCCGCUGAAACGACUCCGGAGAAUAUCGACGUAUCGAAGGAGCAAGUUGUCGAACCACCAGAGCCGACCCCAGUGACAGCACCACAGACCCCAUUGUUCUCGACGGACCCAACCACGGCUUCCGUAGAGACCCCAUCUGCUACGGAGACUCAAUUCGCUGAGUCUGCAUCUCCCACAAAGACCGACGCACCAGAGAUUGAGUCACACGCAGCCCCCGUAUCUGACCCCUCCUCUGAGGCAGUUGAGGCAGCACCUACUUCCCCCGCCCGCCAAACUACCCCACCUGUGUCCAAGCCGGCUUCGCCUGUGCCAAAGCACGCUUGUCCCACACCUAGGGCUGUUUCGCCUGUGCUUAGGGACGCUGCACCUACACCCAAGGCCGCUUCUCCAGCUCCUAACCCUGCUUCACCUGUACCUCAGGCAGCCCCACCUAUGGCUGAAACUGUUUUGUCGAUGCAGGAAGCCGAGCUUCCUGCGGAAGUCAUCCCACCCGCACCAACACCCCCGCCGGUCGCUUCUGUAUAUCAAGAACCUCCGGCCAUGCUACAGAAUCCUCCACCAGCCCAGAAGAUGGCCUCUCCUGUAUCAAAGGCUGCAUCGCCAUUCCAGAAGGUCGCAUCCCCUGUUCAGAAAUCCGCAUCGCCAAAAGUUACCAGCCCCCUCGCCCGCCACGCUUAUAUGUCACCGAUGAUAUCUCCCCACGCUACGCCACACGCUACGCCGCCAGUACAGCCGGCAAUGGCUCCUAUGCCCCCUAUGCCUCCUCCGAGUACUGCUCCCAGCGUAGCUAGCUAUGCUACAGCUUAUUCCCCCGUCAUGACCGCUGCUGGGUUUAUGCCCCAGUAUGCCUUCUACCCCCCGGGCAUGCAACCCACCCCCCGGAGCUCUAUGGAGCCCAGCACCGCGACAGCCUUCCAGCAUUUGCGCGAUCUGACUUAUGCCAACGGGAAUGGAUUCUUCGCCCCUCAGAACGGACAUCACAAUGGACAUAACGGUCACCACAAGGGAAUGAUGUCGCCUCCAGAGCACCCUGUUGAAGAACCAAUUGAACUUCUGCAGAGAAUUCAAGAUGCCAUCCCAGACAUCAACCGCUUGUUGAGUAGUUACAGGAAUACGAAGAGCAAGCUGCAAGCCCGCGAAGCUGAGUUUCAACAGAUGAAGACCCAGCAUGAGCAGGAUUUGAUGCACAAGGACUUCUACAUUGAAGCUCUUCAGACGCAAAUGAGGAAAACUGCCAAUGAGGCGGCGGAAGAGUCCACCAAACUCAAAAACACCAUCAACGAGCUCCGCAUGGAACUUGGAAAUCUUGACGAGAAGCGGAAGGACCUCGAAGAGAAGCUGGAGGACUCCGAGAAGUCGAACAAGGAGCUGACACAGAACAAACAUGACCUCGAAGAGGAAGUCAGGACGCUUAGCACCAACAUGAAAGAUGCCCAAGAGGCUCAUGAGAAGGAAUGUGAGAGGCGCGAACAAGAGAAGGUGGACGCUCUUGCGACUCAGAAACGGGAAAUGACCGAAUCUUUCGAAGAGAUCAAGGCCGAGGAUGAAAAAGCAGCAGCGGAAGCUUUGGCUGCUCGCGAGAAAGAGUUGCUUGACCAGCAAGAAGCAAUGAAGAAUGAUUACGAAGAUCAGAAGCGACAGAUGCAAGAAGCACACGACACAUUACAGUCGAACUUCGACGACAAGGUGAACGAAUUAGAGUCCACCAAGACCGAUCUCGAGAACAAGCACAAGGAACUCGAGGAGACUCGUAUGCAACAUGCCAAUGAAAUUGAACUCCUCAACAACACCCAUGCGGACCAUGUGGCCGACAUGGAGAGGCGCUGGGCCGAUGAGAGGGGCGAAUUGGAGCAGCGCAUCACGGACAAGUGCGAUGAACUCUCCCACUGUGAGCGCGAAAAGCAGAAGGUGGAAGAGGAUAAUGUUGUCAAGGAGCAGCAACUACAGGCAGCAUCUGACGGCAUGCGCCUCACCAUUGAUAAUUUGGGAAAAGACUGCGAUAGGUUGAGAAAGACCCUUCACAGCCUUGGAGAAGCCACUGACCUCAAGAGCACGAAGGGUGAUCCAUUCUUUUUGGACUGCUUCGGCCAGCUUUCUCGUCUUAUUGUUUCCUUAUCUAAGGAGCACUUUGCGUACCUUCCAAUCGAUCCUCCCAAGGAUGUACUGUCCAAAAUACCUCAGGAGCUACCAUCCUUCCUUGAUAAUACCCCGGCAUCGCGUGAGCUGCGCUCCGCAUACGUUCAACAUAUCAUCUCGAAGACUUUGACUUACCGAAUCUUCCAUCCGUUCCUUUUCACCUUGGGCAAGAGGUACGGUAAAGCGGACACCUUCUUCCAGAUGCUCUCGAUGGACAUUCGACGCAAGUCUGUGAGACGUGAAGCCUUCUGGAGGCAGCAGACGCUGAAAGCCGCGUACACGACUUCCGAUGCCAAGCAGUCGAUCAACGUUGUGGCCGCUGUGAUCGUCGACGAGAUCAUCGACCACCUCAAACACUUCGCCGACCCUAAACACAUGGACACCCUUCAUACAAGCGUACGGAAGAUUGUCAAGUUGGCCGCCGAAACGUGGAGACUUGCUCGUGUCGAAAGGGAACUCAUCAUGGCCUCUUUCCCAGCGCCCGACUCGGAGGGCACGUCGAAUGAGAUCUGGGAGGAAUAUGGAACCCCGAAAGAAGGCUGUGUCGGCUCCAAGGAGGAUCCUACUCGUCACGUCAUUCUGCGGACUUUCCCUCGCAUCAUUCGGGAGGCAGCGCAUGAAGAUUUCGCAGAAGACGAGGAGAAAGCCCUCUCCUGUACUUAUACUCCAGGCAGUGUUUUAUACUCCGACUCCCCUGUGGUUAUGGCUCGACGCCAAGAGCUGGCAAGGCGGUCCACGGACUCCCUAGUGGGUGGAGAAGAAAGGCCUCGAAGCGAGUCGAGAGGCUCUACACGUUCCGACGGAAAGCCCAGCUCACCCAGGCGAGGUAAAGCAAGCUUCGAUACCCUGUAGAGUGAGUAGGGUACAUUGGAAGACGUGAGAGCUGCUAAGGGUAUCAAGGCUAAGCAUCAUAGACCGGUCAGCUGUUAGCUGUACAUGAAAAGCUUGAGUUACAUUUCUGGGAAAGGGUUGUAUCGAUUAUGAUCUGAGCGCGGUGUUUUUGGUUUGUUCACUCAUUUGCGACAAUAUGCUUCUGUUCCAUUAUAGGGCAGCUAAGCUCGAGAACAGAAGC